AAGCGGAAGUGGCGCCAGCAAGGGGUGGAGUCAGAUUGACCCAGUCGGCGGCUGCAGAUGGCGGCGCCAUGGGCGGCGGGAGCCCGGAGCCGAGUACGGGAUCGGCGCUGGAGGCUCCGGGAUACCGACCUGAUUACCGGCGGCGUCAGCAAGCUGGAGCCCGGGCCGCAGGGUCAGGAUCUCGAGGAUUACCAUUUACCUUCCAGCCUCCUCACCAUUGCAGAUUCAGAUCUAGGAGGGAUUUCAGGAAGUUUUCCUGGCUGCAUUGAUCAGUCUAUAAUCUCCAUAAUUGAAGCUACAGCACAAACAGAGAAUAAAUUGUUGCUUGAUGAGGAAAGUGAAGCAUCACUACUAACAGCCUUGACCGAGAUACUGGAUACUGUUGAUGAUGAAAAUCCCUCUCCAUUUGAUUGCAUUCCUGACUCUGAGCUAUUUGCCCCACCAAAGGAUGAUCAAGAGUGCCUUCUGGUUGGACAUCAGUCUUGUGCCAUGUUUCCAGAUUUAGGAAAAGAACCUUUUGGACACGUGGUGCCAACUGCUCCAAGGGAUCUGAAUGCCCAGUGGAGAUCAGAGAAGCUGAUGAACAGAAGUUUUGGAGAGGAGACUUCAAAGCAACGUAGUGAUGGCGAGGAAGAGGAGGAAGAGGAUCUGAUCAGUAAUGGUCAGGGUGUAUCAGAGUUGGGACCCGGUGACUCAUUGGACUUGCAGUUGGGUGAACAGCUUGAUGCAGUAGGGUUGGAGAAUAACGUAACACUGGUACUUGAAAGCAGUUCACCAUGUGCACACGAUGUUCCGAUGUCUGACCUAGUCAAGGAUGUUCGUCUCCACUGUUUGCCCAAUGGAGUGAUGUGUCUGGGGACAGACAUUGAGCUAGCAGACAGCAUGAUUGAACUAGAGGUUCAUGUGCUCCAGGAUAAUGAGGUACAGGAUCUGGAGUUACCGAUAGUGCUGUGUGCAAGCAGUGAGCACCUACUGCAGAUGAUAGGUGAGAAUGACAAGGAGUCUGUGCUAGCUAAAGACCCUGGUCCAGAGAGCCUGCCACAAACCUUAAAACAACAGGAAGUCUCUCCACCCACCCCAGUACAUCUGGAGACCUCCCCAGUCACAGUACCAAGUGGACGGUUGAGAAAAACAUCAGGAUCUGAUGAAAUUCUAAUUGCUGUGCAGCUGGACCGUGCUGAAACAUCAUGUGAACAUCACAGUCUUGAGACCCAGGUUCAAGCAGCAGAAGAUCAGGAACACUCCAAAGUCCAACAGAAACAGGAGUCUCAAUUUCUAACCCAACAAACAGAACAAGAUGUGAGGAGAAUCAAAACUAGAGAUGUUACUGCCGGGAGGGAAAGCAGCCAAGUCACCGCAUUUAGCAAGGGUGCAAAAGAGCCACAUAAUCCAUCACCAUGUGAGAGCGAGCCUGCACUGGGAGGUUGCAGCAUUCCCCAGUCAGUCGAGCCUCAACCUGGGCAUGGAAUCAGACUUGCAAAUGAGGCCAUACACCCUGAACAAACUGUAGACAAUGAGCCUGUUCCGGUGCCCCAGUGCCCUAAGUCAGACCUGAUAAGUCAGCAUCCUGGGUCUACUUCAUCCACAAUAUCACCAUUGUCUACUUGCGACGUGCAGUCUCCUGCUGUUCUUGAAACAACCACCAAUGAAUCCAAACUGCGAUCAAUCAGCCUCCAACAGUAUCGGCUGCGACUCCAACAACGAAAACGAGAUCGUGUCCUCUCAGUGCCUGAGAAACCAAAACUUGGUACUGAUACUAACAGCAAGAGUGCUUGGCCUGUUGUCCCCAUUCAGUCCAUUGUCCAGGGGGAGCUCAGUAUUUUGCCAUUAGAACCUGCUGGACAUGUGGUCAGAAGGCAGGCCUCUCCUGCUCAGGCCCCUCUGCUCCACCUGCGGGACUCACCUCAAAGACAGGCUGCUCCCAUCCAGGUCCCAUCCAAAGAUAAACAUACUCCAUUCACCCAUCAAGCAACCCCACCUAGUGCAAAACUGCCUACUUGCUCUGUAACUCCAUCCUCUGUAGCCAUACCUGCCAGCCACCUGGCUCCACCAUCUGUGGCACAUCUUACUCCACCCAGUCUGCCCCCAUCCACCCAUCUGGCCCCGGCCCCUCCUGCCCAGGCCCCGGCCCCUCCUGCCCAGGCCCCGGCCCCUCCUGCCCAGGCCCCGGCCCCUCCUGCCCAGGCCCCGGCCCCUCCUGCCCAGGCCCCGGCCCCUCCUGCCCAGGCCCCGGCCCCUCCUGCCCAGGCCCCGGCCCCUCCUGCCCAGGCCCCGGCCCCUCCUGCCCAGGCCCCGGCCCCUCCUGCCCAGGCCCCGGCCCCUCCUGCCCAGGCCCCGGCCCCUCCUGCCCAGGCCCCGGCCCCUCCCGCCCAGGCCCCUCCUGCCCAGGCCCCGGCCCCUCCUGCCCUGGCCCCGGCCUCUCCCACCCUGGCCCCUCCUGCUCUGGCCCCGGCCGCGCCCUCCCUGGACCCUCCCGCUCUGGCCCCGGCCGCGCCCUCCCUGGCCCCUGCCAUUGUGGCUACUCCUGCUUCGGCCACGGUGUCACCCACUCUGGCCCUUCCUGGUCCGGUCCCUGCCCCCCCUCCUCAGGCCCCAGCGGCACACACUCUGCCUGAAGCCCCUGCGGCCCAUCCUGCACAGGCCCUAUCUGCACCCGCUGUGGCUCCUUCUGCUUUGGUUCCUCUCCCUGCGGCCCCUCCUGCUCCAGUCCUAGCCACCCAAUGCAGUUUCACGCAACAACUGUCAAAUGGCACUCAGAACAGGACAAGGCAGAAAGUGGUACCUCCAGUUCUCCCAGGGAGCUUGAAACCCCUAAACAAAACCUCAAUCAUGGCCCUACAGCCUCAGCAAGCCCCGACUACAUCAGUCCACAAAGCCCUCAUCCCACCUGCGAGAGCUCCUCCACCAUCAACUCUAAUGUCAGGAGAUUCAGAGUGCCCAUCACUGCUGCCUGUGAUCGGGCCUCAUGAUGCUGCUUCAGAGGACGAUAUUCCACGUUGUCAGAAUGACUUGCUGCCUGAAUCUGUCCAGAGAACUACAAUGGAGACUAUGCUCAUAACCUCUCCAUCAGUGCCACUCUCUGAAUCUCCUCCAGUGCAGCAACUUCAAUCAUCCACGGCAACCCAGGCAUAUGAAGGAGUUGAUCAGGGCACACUGAGCUCCUCAGUGGUGUCGAACAAAGUAAAGGUCAACCUGAAAGCAGGAAUUGAGGCGGCCGACCCGAUGAGUUUAUUGGAACAGUUUGAAGUCACUGAGGUGUCAGAGGAAUCACCCCUUGGGAACAGCAGUGGGUCAGAGGUUCCUGAGGAGUGGAAACUAUUAGAUCACAUAUUUGGAGCAGAAUUGGCAAGUACAGCAGGUUUGACGCCUCCAGCGACUCCUCCGCAUCAGAUAUGGAAAUCACGACCACCACCAGUAAGCUUUCUGGGCAAACGAAAGUUGCAGGAAACAGCUGAGGGCUUUGAGGGCUCUCCAGUUAGGACUGCGAAGCUGAUUGAUCCAAAGCCUAUGGCACAGAAUAACCGGACAAAGUGUUCAAGCCUGCAGUCUUCAGUUGAGCCCCCGCUCACUGCUGCCAAUGGCUUUGGGGAUCACAUAUAUUGUUUGCCAAGAGUCAGCACCCAGUCGUCAUCAUGCAACAUCUAUCCACCGACUGUGGGCAAGCCAGAUGUUGCUUGCCGCUGGAAUAUCAAGCGCCAAGCUAACAUUACCAUUAAACCCAUUACCUCCCUGAAUCGUCAACGCCGAAGCCCAACUCGUCAGGCCCGGGCAGGGGACAAGCAGCGAGGAGCUGGCCCUGGUAUUGAAAGGAACACGUCAGAUUCCCAGAAGACAUUGCCGGGAGUUCAGGUGUCCUCCAACAUGCUUCCCACUGGAACAGGAAGCGAGAAACCCAGUAGGAGCUUCUCAUCAGCAGUGGACCAAAGAAACAUUGGAGGCGACACUGCAGAGGGAAACUGUUGUGUAACUGUAGCUCCCGCUCCAAAUGGAGAGACUGAGGGGAGCAAACCUUUUGAUUCUUCCCAUUGUUCAAGAAGGACUCGGACCUCCCCGUGCUAUAGGCACCAGCGGUAUCUUAGCUCCUCGAGUUCCACAUCCUGCUCCCGCUCUCGGUCCCGGUCCCGCUCUCGGUCCCGGUCCCGGUCCCAUUCUCCUACGUGGAAAAGGAGACGAUAUGGCAGGAGACGAUCCCGUCAUUCUCGACACAGUUCACGAUCAGAUUCCAGAUCGAGCUCACGUUCCAGGUCAUGUUCCAGAUCAAAUUCAAGAUCUGACUCUGGAUCUAGGUCCAGAUCAAGAUCAUCGCGAAGACGCAGUGUUCAUAUGAGUUAUUUCACAGAUACUUAUGACGUGUUUCCUGAGGAACCGAGAUGUCAGUACUCGAGAGCUCACUCACGAAGAAUUAAUCAGCGACGGGAACUUGCUAUAGAAGAACGGCGAGUUGUUUAUGUUGGGAAAAUCCGGAAUGGGAUGUUGCGUGAGGAAUUGAGGAGGCGAUUCGAAGUGUUUGGAGAAAUUGAGGAUUGCAACAUUUAUUUCAGGAGUGAAGGAGAUAACUAUGGUUUUGUCACAUACCGUUACACAUGCGAUGCAUUUGCUGCUAUUGAGAAUGGACAGACGUUGCGUAAACCUGACGAAUUGCCCUUUGACCUCUGUUUUGGUGGCCGGCGGCAGUUUUGUAAAACCAAUUAUGCAGAUCUAGAUUCCAGUCAUGCAGACUACAGUUCUUAUUCAACCAAAAGCAAGUUUGACUCUUUAGACUUUGACACUUUAUUAAAACAGGCCAAACGGAGUCUUCGGAGGUGACAGCAGUGACAGCGGAGGAGGGGAAGGAGUGCAAGGGAGAAGCAAGUCUGAGGGCAUUGUGUCUCCUGUUUACAUGCUGCUACUGGAUCAGAUUGAGAUUUAUAUAUAAACCCUAGGUGUCUGUGUGACUGACAGAAUGCAAGAAGUGUCUUGCCAUCUGCGUCAAGCAGUUCACACUUUGGAGAGAUAAAAAGAAAUCUUUUUAAAAAAUCAAAUAAAAUAUAUCUGCUAAA